AUGGCGUCGACACAGACAACCUCCAAAAAAGACGACAAGGCCGCCGAGACGAAGCCUGACCAGCAACAGCAGGCUGCCGCAGAGCCGAAGCCAGCCGCGCUGGAGGAAGACGACGAAUUCGAGGAUUUUCCUGUAGACGACUGGCAAACCGAGGAGACAGAGGCCGCGAGCGGCGACGGCACGACACAGCACCUGUGGGAGGAAUCGUGGGAUGACGACGAUACAAGCGACGACUUCUCGGCGCAACUUAAGGAGGAGCUGAAGAAGGUUGAAGCCUCCAGGAAACGGUGA